ACGACCUCGGAACUGCUCCGUUUCCUUCUCGCGCGUCUAGUCGGUCGCGACUCCCUGAGCUUUUUUUGAAUGUUGUUGUUUCCCUCAAAGGACACUUAGUUUGUGUAGUGAGAAGGAUUUGUAUUGCAAUGGAGAGCUAUUUUUAGAUUAUACACUGAAUGGAGUGAAAUGUAAACUGAUGCAUAAAAUUAAAGAAAAAUGUUUUUUCACGAACAUGUGGUACAGGAUCCACAAUUUUAGAUAUGAAAAUAAAACGGAAAAUAAAAAAUAACAGGACAUAAUAAUUUUGCAUAACAACAAAGAAUAAAAAAAUAAAUAAAUAAAAAAAAGAGAGAUAGAAAACUGGAAAAAAAUAAAAAAACAAAGAACAAGCAAUGUUUAACAAAAUAAUAAAACAGAAAAUGCACGACUUAGUGUAGUGUGUCCCCAGGACCCAUUUAGUGGAAGAUCAGACGAGAGUGGCCGGAGAGUCGUGAGAGCAAUGUGCCGGCCUCCUCGACUUCACCAUUUCUGCUGGUUCCUCUUGGUCCUGCUGAUACAAGGGCCUCCUUCAGGACACGUGUCUGCGAGCCCUUUUCCUGGCUGGAAGGACGAGACCGACUGGAAAAAGGAGCAGGAGCGAGGCGGCGCCCCACGCAGGGGUCCCCAGCUGCUCCCCGGCCUCCCGACCAACAUCUCGGUGACUGCAGGGCGCCUGGCUACCCUCCCCUGCCGCGUGGCCAACCUCAAGGGAAGGGCCGUAUCAUGGAUUCGACAAGAGGAUCUGAUGGUUUUGGCCACGAACGAGAUCACGUUCACCACAGAUGAACGAUUCAAGGUGCGGGCGUGGCGCACAGGAGGCGUGUGGGCGUGGGACUUGCAGAUCGAGGAAGCAACACUGAACGACGCAGGAAUUUAUGAAUGCCAAGUUAACACGCGGCCGAAAGUGUCUCAUCCGGUGUAUCUCGACGUGCAAUUGGGAGGCGCGGUGAUCGCAGGGCCGCCGGAGGUGUACGUGGAGGCGGGGUCACGAUUGCUGCUGACCUGCUGGGUGCAGGCUCCCCCACGCCCCCCCGGCCCCAUCACGUGGCUACACAACACGACGCCCAUCCAUGCUGAAGGAAGCAGGGGCGGAGUGAGCUUGCACGUGGCACAGGAGGGCGCCAAGGCCAGUGCCAGGCUCUCCCUCACCAGCGUCACGCCAAAGGACGCCGGAAAUUACACCUGCCAACCCGAGGGGCUUGACCCAGCGCACGUAUCCGUCUUCGUUCUGCAAGACGAGGAGCCACGCGCCAUGCACCACGACGCAAGCACUCCUUCCUCGAGGAUCAACACCAAGCUCCUUAUUCUAGGCAUCUUCAUUAUCCUUCUUACUCACACGGACAGAUGAUAAUACACUCCUGGGACAAGAUAGGUUGAGGCUCUUGGAGGAGACUGUCGCUUCUCCUCUUGUUGAUGUGAUGUUUGGCCUGUAACGGAGUGGACUGAUGUGAAGUCAAAAUACAAGAGGAUAAGUCAAAUUACAGGCUCA